UUCGAUCAAAUAUAACCGCAAAACAAGCCGCAAAAAUAGUGUUUGUUUUUCCAUUUCAAUGCAAAUCAACACCAACCAAAAGUACAAUCUCUCAAAAUAUCUACAUCAUCAAAAUAUUUCUGUCGAGCACAAAAUCUUUGGCAAAUUUGUCGGUUAUUCAAUUCAAUUAUUAUUUCAAACCGCAACCAUCAAAUUCAAAUUGACAAAUAGUUGAUCAACACAAGUCAACUCUAUUUUCAAAUUGUUCUAAACAUAGAGAUGGCAAUCGACGUGAACAAGAUCAAAGUAUUGGGAAACCUUUUGAAUCCCAGCUCGGGUAAAAAGCCAGUGACCGGCAAGAAAUGUCUGGUAUUGAUACGUAGUGAUGAUGAAUCGCUGGAUAAAUCCGUAUUGAAACGUUCAAUAACAUGCCAAGUGGAAGGACCAACCAAACCUGAAGUAUUAUGGUCAACGGCUAUUGCUGAACCGGAUAUCGAUGAACGAACCGUCGUUGGAUACUUUGUGCCAACUAAACCCGGUAAACAUAGACUGACAGUCAAAUGUCAAGGUAAAAAACUGCCCGGAUCACCAUUCGAAUAUGAUGUUAUCGGUGAUUGUUUAGACAUCGAAAAACUAUUGCAAAAGGUGAUAGUGUCCGGACGUGGUUAUGAAUUGGGCAAAGCAUUCACCUAUAAUCAAUUCGUCGUCGAUUGCAGUAUGGUACAGCCACCAUUAGGCAAUCUAAAAGUUCACGUGAAAGGACCAGAAAGAGCUGCGGCAAAUCUAUCCAUAAUAGACAAUGAAAAUGGUACAUUUACUAUCAGAUACAAGCCUACGUCACCCGGCAUCUAUACUAUAAAUGUUAAAAUUGCCGAAACUGACAUACCUGGGUCACCGUUUCAGGUUCGGGUUACCGAAUUUCUAUCAUCAUAAUUUUUCAUAUUCAUUUCUCUUAUUCAUUGUUUAUCCAUGCAAAUAAAUUCAACGAAAAUAUCUAACACCAUUGAUUGCAUCUCACUAUUUCGACUU